AUGGAAGAUGACUCGAGUGCCAUUAUAUCUCUCGCAACAGUCCGUUUGCAAGCCAAGUCUCGGCUGUUUCUGACUGCAUGUUGUCCGGACAAAGAUCUUGUGGUGCUUGUAUCGAGAGUCGGCUCAGCCGACAAAAUGAGCCUGUGGAAGAUGCAAGGCUCGAAGAAGUGGGAAGUGGAUACGAACAAGGGGUGUAGUUCUUCGGACGAGGUUACAGCUCUCAACUGGAGCCCUGAUGGUCAGACCAUUGUAGUUGCUCAUUACCCUCCUCGAAUCAGCCUUCAUUCGCUACAGAAUGGCCGAGAGGAACACUCUUUACUGGUUGGUUCUCUGCCCUGUGGUUCGCCAUCAUCACCUCGAAUCACGGGUGUCUGGUGGUUCAAAAGGGAGACGAAGACGGACAGUAAGGCAAUGCCAGACAUGUUAAAGCGAGGGAAUGUCGUUCCUGGCUCUGCACUUUCUAUAAUUAGAACACAGCCACUGCUCGAUGCCCUUCAAGACGACACAGUCCCACUUAACGCAACAGACCUAUUCGCCUUUCAAGGAAGUCAUGCCAGGCCAGGGGCUAAGGUUUCCUCUCUGCCAGAUGUUAUUUCCUCGUGGCCUGCGCUUCCUUCUGACCCUCUUGCGGCGGGAAUUAACCCCGCUUCGCGCGAAAGCGACAAGAGACCCGGAGAUGAGCUGGAUGAAAAGGACACCACAAACGUGGACAGUCUUUUGGUUGCUAUUGAUGAUUCAGGCCAAAUUCAUUGCUUUUUGGACGGGUCAUAUCCAGUUGGCGCCAUUAGCUUGGGUACCGGCUGUGAGGCGAAGACGAUAAUCAAGAACAACGAGGAAAAUACGUUGUUAGCGCAUGCAGAGUUCAAAUCAAAGGACACUCGCACCCCUGUCCUUCAUAACGUUUCACCAUUGACUGUCGAGCUUCCUUUGCUUUAUGCGAAAGCAACGCGGCACGUUGCAGAGAACUGCACGGCUGCGCGGGAGCUCGCUUGGUACAGUAUUCGUGUAGUAAAAGAAAUGAGAAAAUCCUGGUUCGGUGGAGAUGGGCAAGUUGGUGCCCGGGAUUUCAACACAAAAUAUGCCCGAGGGUUAAUCGAACGGCAGGUCGCUCAUGGUCAGGAAAAAAAUGUGGUCCUCGACCUUACUGUGCUCCUUGCAACAGGGAAGUCGUCUCAUGCUCUGUCGGAUUACCACCAGUCGGGGGAGCUUACUAGCGAGAGGGGCUUGCAAAAAUGGGAGACCACCGUAGGCGAGGCUCUUCUUAAGCUUCGUGAUUACGCUGAGACCCGGAUCGCACCUGCGUGUCAACACUUGCACCUGCUGCUGGAAGAGGUACGAGGGUGGUCACUCCUACCCCAGCUGCAUGGAGAUUAUGGUUUUUCCACCAAGGAAGUUGAUGAAUGCUUAGAUCUCACGGCUCGGGCUAUCAUACUUGCAGCGUUCCUUGCUGCGACGGCUCGACGGGAACUCACUCGCUUCGUGGAGUUUAUCGUGUUCUUACGCUAUGAAACCAGUCGAUUAAGUACACCCGAAGCAACACCGUCGCCACGCCACGACAUACUCGAAGUGAACGAAUAUCUAAUGUCAGGGCUUGAAAAGAGCGAGAUUGAUGAGUGGUUCACCGGACCUGUACCGCAAUUUUCCAUGAGUUCAAUUGAAUCCACACCCCAGAUGGGGGAUCUACGUUCUGUUAUUGAACGUGCGCGUGCUUUCCUCGCAGACCCCUCGAAACUCACCUGGCCUCCAAUAACGCAACGGAAGGAUCUCUCACGUUUAGAUCGAAAUCUAGAUGCAUUGAUACAUGAGUUGGCCGAGAAGUGUCAGGAGGUAUAUAGCCGGGCAGCAAAGGCUGUGGCGAGGACGGCUUCUGUGCAGCAAACAUGGACCACAUCGGGGCAAAUUCAGGAAGUCGCCGAGACAAAUGGAGAACGCGUGGUCAACCCCACCUCAUCGCAGCCAGUACGGACACGAGCUAUUUGUGAAGAGAAGACGAACACGCUGACGGAGCAUCUAGCUAUCCGGCUACAAGAAAGGGAACACGGGCUGCCUAGAUGCCGUGAACUGCUGUGCAUCAUUCGAGCAUCGUACGAACAUGUGGGAAGCUCAAGGACGGUCUCGGGCGUCGCUGCUGCAAUUUUAGACUGCAGGUCUGCGGAAGAUAGCCCGGAUGAUGACACUGGAAUUGAAGGCCUUUGUUUUCACAUUUUCGACAUGGACUUCUUCGAUGAGGAGAGCCUCGUCAUCGUGUAUCAGAGUUACGCGGAAGAAGGCGCGGCGAGGAUUGGGACGGUUGAUUACAGCGUCCUGGAAUACUUUGAAAUUGAUUUGGCAGGAUACGUAAACGGGCUCUGGCAAGAAGACAUCGUGGCAGAAGCGAUAGCCAGAGUGUCGGCAGGACAGGCUGGUUGCCCGGCGGCGCCUAUUCGGAAGCAACGCACACUGAAGCUCUCGCGGAGUGCACGGACUGAGGCCUCGGAAGGCGAGGGCAUACCGAGCGUAGCGGUGAACGGGCGAGUGGGACGACGAAUAGGGUGUGUUCUGGACAGGAGUGGGAUGGAGCUGGAAAUGCUGGACUUGGAGGGAGAGGAUGGGACGGAGGGAGAGGAGGAGGAAUAAAGCAAAAGCAGGAAUAGGCGCGAGAUGAG